GGUGAGGAUCGUCCCCCUGAGCCUCCCCCGAGCGUGGGCAAAGCCCUUCGCCCCGACCCCGACCUCCUCUUCCUCUCGCAGCAUCUCUGGGCCAGGACUUGGCGAGCAUCGACUUUAGAAAGUUUAAACCCGGUUCCAAGCCUGGGCUCGGGGGUUCAGCCGGAGCUGUACGCAAAGCAGGAGGCCUCCCCUUCCUCCUCCUCCUCCUCCUCCUCCUCGCCCCCUCCCUCCCCGAGCAGCACCCCUGGGGAACCACAAAAAGAAGGUUUUGGGGAGGAUUUGCACAAAGAUGCCUCGAACAAUAGAGCCUCGUUAGGCUCCAGCGAGCAGGCGGAGAGGCAAAGCGGAGCUUUAACCGGGCUAGAGCCGGUCCCGGGCUCAACCCCAGGCUCAGCCCCACAACCCCCGGCUGAAGAACUGGUGGGGACCCCCGGGCCUGUCCCCACCUCCGGGAUCAAUGGGGAACCCCGUCGGGAACACUUUGACCGGUUGAUCCGGCAAUCCAAGCUGUGGUGUUACGCCAAAGGGUUUAACCUGGACGGGAAAAAUAUGCGUCAAGGAGGGAAACCGGAGUUUUAUAAAAAUCCCGAACUUAAAUCUCCCGGUUCUAAACGACCCGAAAAUCCCGGUAUUUUAUCCAGCCAAGCUUUGGGAGGCAAUGGCUCGGAAAGGAAUGCCAAGCGCAGACGCUUUGCCAGAGGCGCUGAGGCAGAAAAACAAGGCAGCUCCUCCAAAGGGAGAUCACAAAAGACUCCGAGGAGGAAUUCCAAACCGGGAAACAUUCCCUGCAAACGCCCCGGCAGCGCCGGGCCCACCCCACCUCGGAAUUCCUUCAGCCUCAUGGGCAACUUCCCCUGUAUCCCCUCCUUGGUGGUGGGGGAGGACGGGGAUCUGUGUCCCGCCUCUUCCCUGGGGGGUAAAAACUCUUGGAUCCUUUCCAAAACACACCCGUUGUGGAGUUGGCAUUUGGGGGGUAACGCCAUCCCCGUGCCCCCCAGCCUCAAAUUCCGGGGCUAUGGCUUGGAGCAUCCCUAA